GGUGCGGAGUGAGCAGGAUCUAUCGACAAAUGCACAACUAUCAGCGCUUUUAUGGAUUGUAUUCUCCUACCUUCGUGGAUUUCCAAAAUAUGAAUUGAUGUCGUCGUUUAAAGUCGAGGAAUUUCGUCUUGAAAUUAAGGCCAGGUAUAGCUACGAAGUUGUGAAAUAGUUCCCUUGGAAGUUUUUCUCACGGCUGCAAAGCGAAUUUCCAGUUUACUAUUCAACAACUACACCAGCCAUCAUAUGGCGAGGCGAGUAGGGGGAGAAGGAUCCGUGAUUUUAACACGAAUUCCAUACACAAAUUGGAAUAAGAACGCGAGACUCCACUGGUGUAACUUCAUGGCUGUUUUUUGGAGCUUUGUGGCAGUAUUGUCGCUUCUAUGUUGUGGAUUUUGUGGCGCUGAAACGGAGUUUUCGAUCUUGGAGGAGGCACAAGUUUUAGCCGUACAAAUGAAAAAACUGUCCUCGCAGGAGCUUGGAGUCUUCACCAUGCAGAGAAUCUUCAACUCGUUUGUGUACACAGAGAAGACCUCAAACGGAGAGACGGAGGUACAGCAGCUUGCGAAGAAGAUCCGUGAGAAGUUUAACCGUUACCUGGACGUGGUGAACAGGAACAAGCAGGUGGUGGAGGCGUCCUACACAGCCCACCUGACGUCCCCCCUCACCGCCAUCCAGGACUGCUGCACCAUCCCCCCCUCCAUGAUGGAGUGA